CAUUUUGCUCGGCUACGCCAGAGCCUGGGCUACGCUUGCUAAGCUAACUUUUGUGGCGAUUGGAGCUGGCAGCUGCAGACAUGGAUGACAGCGACGAGCUCGGUCUAGUUCUUUCCCACAACACAUCAUCUGGCUCCAAGUCGGGCGGUGACAAGAUGUUUUCCUUAAAAAAAUGGAAUGCCGUGGCUAUGUGGAGUUGGGAUGUCGAAUGCGAUACUUGUGCCAUUUGCCGGGUGCAAGUGAUGGAUGCUUGUCUCCGAUGCCAGGCGGAAAACAAACAAGAGGACUGUGUCGUUGUUUGGGGAGAGUGUAACCAUUCUUUCCAUAACUGCUGCAUGUCCCUUUGGGUGAAGCAGAACAAUCGCUGCCCCCUCUGCCAGCAAGACUGGGUGGUUCAGAGAAUCGGCAAAUAAGGCCAGCUCCUUGGCGACGUGAUUCACAGAUUUCACCUGUAUGCACCAGGUGGUGGACACAGAUCUGGCUGUGAUCAUUGUGACGCCCUGUGCAAAGCCGCUGUCUACAACCCGCCUUGGCCUUUAGAUUGCAUGUUCCAGUACUCUUGAUGUCAGCGGCGGGCGAUUAUCUGACCAGGUGGAUGCCGCACACUGACUCCUGCUUUGCUGACUGAUGUGCAAGAAGGAAGGGUCACAAAGAGGAGGACACUUUGGUCACUUGUUAGCUUUACAGUUUUCUUUUGUGGGGAUGUUUGCCAAAUGUCAAAUAUGUGACUGUUUUUAGGAAAAAAAGUUGGUGUGUGGCUGUAAAGUUGUUAUUUUUCCUUCUUUUUAGUGCACUGCAGUUUUUUUUCCAAAAGUUGUAUAAUUACUGUAUUUAAAAAAUCACGGAAAAUAAAAAUUACCCCACCCGUG